AUGGUUAUUAUAAAUAUUAUUAGAGCAGUUGUUUCAGCAACCUUUGGGGUUUUAGCUAUAGCUGGUAGUGGUGCUUUAUUAACUCAUAAAAAGGUCAUAGACAAAUAAUUCACAACAACUUUAUCUAGUCUUGUUGAGAGACUAUUUCUACCAUCCUUAAUUUUUACAAAUUUUCUGAAAGCAGUCACAAUUGGAUCUGUUAUAUCAUUAAUACCAAGUAUAAUAACAACAUUUUGUUGCUUAUUCUUUGGUUACUGCAUAGGAAUUUUCAGUAACAAAUAUUGGAUUAAAGAAAAAAAACUAAAAUCUAUUGUCAUUUUAUCAUCUGCAAAUCCUCACACAACAAAUAUUCAAUUACAACUUUCAUAUGGUUUAACCAAUUAUCUAGCAAUAAUGACUAAUUAACCAGAUAAAUAAAUCGAAGCAAAAUUAGUUACCAUUAUAAUUAUAUAAACUGUAAUAGUUAAUGCUUUAAGAUGGUCAAUAGGCAAAAAAAUAUUAGAAUAACAUGAAACUGAUUAAAAUUAAGGUGAAAUUGAACUUUCUGAUUUAAGAAUAGCUUUACCAGAAUAAUAAGAAUAAUAUAAAUAAAUUCAAUCAAAACAUGAAAAAUCCUUUUGGAAUGUACCCUUAGUUUCAGUUCUAGCUUCAUUAUGUUGUUUAGUAAUUUAUCCUAUUCAAGAUGAAUUGAUAAAUGAUACAUUUUUACAUAGUGCAAUCUUUCUACCUUUAUAAACAAUUUCAAAAGCAACCACUCCCUCUGUCUUAAUGAUUCUUGGAAGUAAUUUAUAUUUAAUCUAUUUUAAUAAUACAUCCAAUUAAGAAAAGAUAUCCACAAUUCUUUUAAUUGUAUCAAAUAGAUUAUUAAUUUUACCUAUUCUUGGAUUAAUUACUAUUAUGUUAUUAGAUUAAUUAUCCAUUAUGACUGAUAUUUGUCAACUAUUUAUACUUUUUAUAACAUUUUGCACACCAUCUGCAAUUAAUAUUUUAGUCAUGGCCAAAUAAUACUAACAAAAGGCUGAAGAUGUUGUUUCAUUAAUCCUUUUAUAUGGAUAUCUAUUAUGCAUUUUUACUUUACCUAUUUGGAUGACAAUUUAUUUAGCAAUUUUCCAAAAAAUUUGA